AUGGAGCCACCUCCUAGUCUUAAUGUUCAUAAAGAAGGCCAAGUCUGCAGACUCACUAAGUCAUUAUAUGGCCUAAAGCAAGCUAGUAGGCAGUGGUUUGAGAAAUUGUCCACUUUCCUCACCUCUGUUAGCUAUAUACAGUCAAAAAGUGAUCACUCUCUCUUUAUCAAAGGGACACCUACUGGUUUCACAGCCUUACUUGUUUAUGUUGAUGAUAUCAUAUUAGCAGGGAAUUCCAUGACAGAAAUCAGUCACAUAAAGAGUCUUUUGCAUAACAGAUUCCAAGUAAAGGAUCUAGGAGAACUUAAAUAUUUCCUAGGGUUGGAGGUGGCAAGGUCCAAGAAAGGAAUUCAUUUGUCUCAAAGAAAAUAUGCCUUAGACAUACUUGAGGAGACGGGAAUGCUGAGUUGCAAGCCUUGUUCAACCCCUUUUUUGAGUGACACGAGUACUCUAUACAGAACCGACAGCUAUUUGAAAGAUCCAACCUCUUACCGAAGAUUGAUAGGGAACUUGCUUUAUCUCACUAACACUAGACCUAAUUUGUGUUUCUCUAUUAAUUUGCUAAGUCAAUUUAUACAAUCUCCUACUGACUACCAUUAUCGGGCUAUUCAACAUGUCCUUAGGUACAUAAAGUCUAAACCCUCAGAAGGACUACUCUUUCCAGCUGACUCUCCCAUUCAGCUAAAGGCUUUCAGUGAUUCAGAUUGGGCAACUUGUCCAAAUACUAGGAGGUCCACUACAGGUUUUUGCGUCUUCCUUGGAUCAUCACUCAUCUCUUGGAAAUCAAAAAAACAGAGCACUGUCUCCAGGUCCUCCACUGAGGCUGAAUAUCGUGCUCUAGCAGCCACUACUUGCGAGCUACAAUGGAUCCACUACCUAUUAGAGGACUUACAGAUUAAGGAAGCUGGAAUUCCAGCUCUAUACUGUGACAACAAAUCUGCCAGACAUAUAGCUCAUAAUCAGAGCUUUCACGAAAGAACCAAGCAUAUAGAGCUUGAUUGCCAUGUUGUUCGUGAAAAGGUGCAAGCUAAUCUUCUACAUCUUCUUCCCAUUCGCUCAGAUGAACAACUAGCAGACAUAUUUACCAAGUUUCCUCACCGAGUUCGGUUCGGAUCUAUCGUUCCCAAGCUUGGACUGGCAACUAUACACCAUCCAGCUUGA